CUGCCAUUCUUUUCAGAGCCUUCACACGAAAGUGAGAACAGUGUUGCGAUCGGAAGUGGCAUCCAAGAAUUUGAGAGUGGUGUGGGUGGCGGCGAUAAUGCCCUAGGGUUUGGCGGCGGUUUCGGCGCAGGAGGUUUCGGAAAACCACCGGUCGAUUUUAGCUCAGGCGGAACGUUCGGUCUGGCUGGAACUGGUGUCAAUAUUGCCACUGAACUUCCACCACAAAUUCUACCGCCGACUCCCGAUAUGACUGCCGCCAUCACAAUGGAGUCAACGACCACUCAGCCACCCACAACUACAACACCUACAGCAACCACGACGGAUGUCAUAUUUCCUCCACUUCCUCCGCCACCACCCAAGGAAGAGGUGUUGGUGAUACCACAAAAUUCUGGUCUACGAGCCGUUGCACCACCGGUCGAUUUUGAAGGUGGUUUCGGAAGUUCGUCACAUGGCUCGUCACCGGAUCUAUUCGGUUCCGGCAGCGGUGGUUCUGGCCUAAUUCCGGGCGGAUCCUCAGGAAAUGUUGAUGAAUCGAUGUUCACUGGUGAGUCUGCGCUCACGCCGAAUCGCAACGGACCGACCGGUGAUGGAUUCGGUCCACCGUUGUUCCCGGGUGCUGCUGUACCGCCACCAGUUCCGGCUAUAGGUCUUGGUGGAGAUGCGGCCGGAUUAUCACCGUACAGACUCGAUCCUGAUCAUCUGAAGAAUCCACCGACAACGGUACGAAUUCGCACAAGCACAGUGAAGCCAUCAGCGUUACUGAGUAUGUUGAGCAAAGCUGACAUAGGUUUCAAUCAAGCGAUUAAUCAUUUUGAGCAAGGAACGCCACUCGAAUCAGCUGCUAUCGAUAUCCUCGAGGUGAACUUCACUUACGAUCAGCUCGAUCGUUUAUUUUCAUUUUGA